AUGACCGCCAGUCAAGCUCAUCAGCCCGAUCCUCGUCGUGCUUCUCGUCUGCUGAAGGUGUUUGGGGACGUCACCAAGGGUGGACGAGUGCUCGCAACGGCUGCCGAUGCGCGACUUUUCCUCGAAGCAGUGAGGAUGAACGCCUCACCUGCUGCAUGCUUGGAGAUAAUUACGGCCAGGGAUGUCGCGCAGAAUGCUCUUCGGCAUAGCCUCCGUGUCGAUUCUUCGGUCUCUUUCAUCAACUACCACGUCAUACCAUUCAUUGCCUACAUGAGCGAUCCUGGAGUGAAGCUGAUGUACAAUGGCCAACUUCUUCGCCAGGUUCUCUUACUUGUCGUUCAGCCUCCCAUCCUUUGGGGCAAUCUCUUCAAUGCCUACAAAGAGUCUCAGCUCAGCGGGGAGAACCUUCAUAUCUUUGCCUGGCUGUGCCUGGAGCUGGCGAGCCUUCCCGGGGAAGACUACAACGACAUUAUUUCCGAUAUCACGUCAGCCCUCCAGCUGAAGCCGUUCCGGGAGGCCCAGGACCAUAAGACUCGGGAUCUUCUAUACAGAAUCAAGAAGGUUCUCGCCCUCAGGGCCACGACCUCGCCCGAUGAUGACCCCGAGACGGCCGGUGGCCGUCAUGACAAUGAUUUCGCCAACUUUCGAGAGAUCUCAAUCUUUCCUACCAGCGACGAAUUCUACUCGGGCGCACAGCCAUUCUAUCGACGCGCGUCUGAAGUCGCGGCCGCCAACUCCUCCGAAAGACCGCGUAUUCAUCUCGACAACCAGUUCCGCCUCCUGCGUGAGGACAUGCUCGGCGAACUGCGCGAUGACCUGAAGGUGGCGAUCGGACGGAAGCGAGGCAAGAAGAAUUCUCAGAUCCUCGGCGGACUGCUCCCGAUCGGUAUUGACACCGGCGACGAGAAACGAGGGCGCCGUUGCGCAGUGCUUCUUAGCUGCCGAGCCAUGCCAGGUACCUUCAAGUCGUUGAACCUGGCCAAGCGAAAGAAGUUUCUUGAGAACAACAAGGCGUUCCUCCGUCACCAAUCUUUCGGCGCCCUUUGCGGAGACGACCACAUCAUCGCCUUCGCUUUCGUAUUUCGAGAUGUUGAUCAGUUGAUGAAGUCGCCUCCUGUGAUUGUCUUACAGUUCACUAGCAGCGAUGCCACUGCUAGGGCGUUGGAUGCCCUCCAGUCACCUGCCAACCUUCGCUUCGUCUUGGUUCAUACCCCGGUUUUCGCCUAUCAGCCGGUGCUGGAAUGCUUACAGGAAAUCACCGAGAUGCCUCUUGAAGGAGGUCUUCUGCGAUUGGAUACCAACAGCGACGAUAGUUCGUGCUCCCCUCCGAUUCUGUCUGCUUCUGUGCAAGCUUGCGUGAGGCAAUUGGAGGACCUACUGGCUGGUGGAGGACGCACACAGUAUCGCCCACAGCGUCGAUGGUUUGGUCUAGGAUCACGGCACUUCGUUCUCGAUGAAUCACAGAACAAGGCGGUGUUGCAUGCGUUGAAUAGUGCUGUAGCUCUUAUUCAAGGUCCUCCUGGUAAGGAAAUCUUCCCUCAACUGCUUUUGGCCUCGCAGCGACCACCCUUGUCCUAUUCGAUGCCCACGACGGCGGAAGAAGUCAUCUGA